GAAGCAUAAAGAGUGACAGAGCUCAGACACCUGCAGACAAACAGCAGGAGCAGCCGCAGCAGCAGCAGCACAUUAAAAACACAGCUGUAAUUGUACAGAUAACAGUCUCUCUACAGAGUUCCAUCCAUCUGCGAUCAGCCAUGUCGACUCACACCGGCAUUCUUCUUUUCAUCACUCUUUGGGCUUCCAUGCAGGAUGGUUUGGGUCUUCCGGUGGUGGAAGAGCAGAAAGUGGAUUCUGGCAAUGAUGUCCCAACACAAAGAAUAAGAACCAAGCGCUGUGCCUGUAGCAGCCUGCUGGACUCUGAGUGUCACUACUUCUGCCACCUGGAUAUCAUCUGGAUCAAUACGCCCAGUAAGACAACAAUUUAUGGUCUAGGCAGCAUUCUGUCGCGACGCAGAAGGUCCACUGGUCGCUGCACCUGUGCCAAAGCUGACGAUCAAUCCUGUACCAACUUCUGCCAGCACAGCCCUGACAUCAAAUCUGAGAAGAGACAUCAACUCAACAUCCUCAGCAUCCUCAGAGCUUUGGCCAGGAGGCCCAAGACAGUUCAGGAUGCAGAUGGUCCACACAGAGACACAUUUUCUGAGUCUCUGACGGAGAUCACUCGCUAAACAAUGCAAGUGUUGAAGCAGCGAGAGUGAGAGAGAGAGCGAGAGAGAGAGCAGCGAGCACCUGAACAAAUGACACUCCUUUGACAGAGAGGAGGGAGAGAAAGGUCUGCUGAAAGACGUGUCCGAUGCAGGAAGGCCGAAGCGCCACAAAGAUGUCUGUUUGUACCUGGGUGGAAAACACAACAGGCGCAUCAUGGAGACCAGAUGGUGGCUCAACACUGAGAGGAGCGGUUACUGUAUCAGGACAUGAGAAAGCUGCGCCUGUGGUCAUGUUUGCCUCAAGACUGUCAGGUCGGUAAGAGGUGUACAGACAGGCCAGGCCAGCACUGACACGGAGGGAUGUAACAGAAAGAGAGGGACUUGCAUACUAUUCGUAAAUGUACAGGGAUUUCUCAUAUACUGUACAUGACAUUAUUUUACUCAUUCUUUAAAAAUGCAUUUGUUUCUUUGUUUUAUGGAUCUGCAGAUUUACUAUUUUACAAUUAGAAAAAUUAGAAAAUCACUUUUGUCAUGAGACUUUGUGAAUACUUAGUGAAGGAGUUUUGUAGACUUGUGGAUUGUGUUCAAUUAUGUUAGACAUCUGAUUAUGACUGGCAAAUAUGAAUUACAACACCUCUGUAUCAAGAAUUUUACAUGUGCAAAAAUGCAUCAAUUAAAUCUGAA